CUAGGCUAUGACGAGACGUAACGUCACGCCCCUAGUAUCAAGCUAUUGACUUGAAUCUCCAAGAAGGAUGGAGGAGGUGGCAAGCCAGCUAAACGAAGAAGGGAUACAAAAGAAACUCACCAGUCCUGGAAGAGGGGAGCUAUCAACAUUUCCCGAUGGAACUAAGGUGGUGUUUCACUACCGCACCAGCCUGUGCGAUGGCACGGUCCUGGACGACUCCAGGACGAUGGGAGGGCAGAGCAAACCCAUGGAGUUAAUCCUGGGCAAGAAGUUUAAACUGGCUGUGUGGGAGAGGGUCGUCAUCACCAUGAGGAAAGAGGAGGUCGCUGACUUCACCUGCAGCACCCAGCACACUGCGCUGUACCACCUGGUGUCCCAGUCUCUGAGGAACAUCAGUGCGGGGAAGGACCCCCUGGAAGGCCAGAGGCACUGCUGUGGCAUCGCCCAGAUCCACUCGCACCACUCCCUGGGUUACCAGGACCUUGACGCCCUGCAGGCCAGCCCCCAGCCCCUCGUCUUCACCAUAGAGCUGCUGGAGGUGCUUCCUCCGGGGUCCUUCAUGCUGGACGUGUGGGCCAUGUCGGACAAGGAGAAGCUGGACGCGGUUCCACAGAUCCACGAGGAGGGGAACUCCCUGUUCAAGGAGGGCCGCAUAAAGGAGGCCUCGGAGAAGUACUAUAACAGCAUCGCCUGCCUUAAAAACCUACAGAUGAAGGAGCAGCCGGGAGAGGAGGUGUGGAUCAAGCUGGACAUGAUGAUCACGCCCCUCCUCCUCAACUACUGCCAGUGUCAGCUGGUCCAGGGGCAGUACUACGAGGUCAUCGAGCACUGCACAUCCCUGAUCUCCAAAUACGAAGACAAUGUGAAGGCGCUCUACAAGCGGGGCAAAGCCCACUCGGCCGUGUGGAACGAGGUGGAGGCCCGGGCUGACUUUGCCAAAGUGCUGGAGCUGGACCCCACGCUGGGCCCAUCGGUGGCCAAGGAGCUCCGGGCCCUGGAGGGCAAGAUGCGUGCCAAGGGGAGGGAGGAGAAGGACCGAUACAAAGACCUCUUCGGCGGGAACACCCAGACCGCCAGCACCUCCCCCGCUUGACUCCACCACCAGCCCAAACCAAGACCACGCUUGUGACUGACCUUUUGAUGUGGAGAAGCCGUGGACAUUGAGCGCUCAGUUUUUAUCCAUACACAGAACUAUACACCCUUCCACCUCCAUCCCUCCAUCACCUCCCCACACACAGAAACCCUUGCACUCACUGUAUGCGGUAUACCUGCAGAACAAAGCCCCCCCCCCCCCCCCCCAACUCUAACCCAAAGCCUGAGAUAAGGGCAGUAGUUCCUGCCCUCCAUCUUGUUCAUUUAUUAUUCUUCUACAUCAUGUCUUCACCGUUGCGGAUAUUCUUUCCAUCGCACUCACUUUUCCUCUUGUUUUGUUAUUCAAUUUUUUUCUUUCUUCUGUCUUACGCUGCGAUAAGAACCAGCAAUGAAUUAAUUAAUCUUUUGCUACACCCCCUUUAUUAGAUAAAACCUCCUUUAUUCGAUUUCUUAAUUAAUAAUCAACGUAUCAACCAUUACCCAAAGAAUUAGUAUUCAGCGGCUGCUUAAAAGAUGUCCUGUGCAUCAGUCAGAUUCCACAAGACGACCCAGUGAACAAUUGAAUACACAACCCUGGCAGUGUGAACAGCUUGUAGCUUGAAUCUUCAUAGAGGGAAUACAUAAGGAAAGACUUGUUAUGACUCUAGUGUCAAGGCACUGUGGUAACAACAUAAUUACCUUGACAUGCUGAAGUGUUGGAAAAAAAGAAUGGGACUGUAUAUAUUUGUCCUCUUUGGACCAAAAUUGCACAGUCGAAUUGACCGAGGAAGGAACACGCAUAUAGACACACGGCAAAAGCAGGAAACAAAGACAUAUAGUGUCAUAUAGACAUAUAUAGUGUGCCGUCUGCUCUGGAAAACCAUCACGUUGUCAUGACAAUCAUAUCUAUACCGACUCACGUAACUCUUUAUUUUUAUGUUAUCGUUGCCAUUUCCUUAUAAAGUUCUUUAUAUUUUAACUGUUCUUUACAAAUACAUCUGUUAUUAUUGAUUGAUGCUUUGGUUUCUUUGUAUUUUGUAAGUGCUGGAGGGAUGUUUAUGUCUCUUAAUCUGUUGACCCUUUUUUCUCUGCCAACCAUUUACUUUCACUGGGAGAGAAAGAAAAUGCUGAACUGUUAUACUGAACUCACUGCUAAUACAUGUUUUGAGUUGCGUCAUGGAAUCAAAAGGUUCUAAAGGCUUUCUAAUGGAAGAGAACGGCUUCGUACAAGUCUUUUGAAACAAUUGUUGCCUCGAAGGGUAGCUGUCUCCCAAUGCGCAUGUGAAGCAAUACUCCUUUAUAUUAGGCAAUGCAACUUUAUUUGUAUAGCACUUUUCAGGCAGACUCAUGCUUAGAAAAUGAUUGUUGGUGCUCCUCUAAAGAGCAAGUUAGUCACUGUUUCAACGGGACUUUUAGUCCUUUUAGUAGGGAGGGUCUCAGAAAAGGCAUUCCCUUGUGAAAAGAACACCACCCGUGUUUGGAGCAGGGUGUAUCGAUCAGUGUUUUGGGGAGGCAGGCCGAAACACUUUUAUUCAUGGUUGCUCUAUAUUUAAUAACCGAUCAAAAUACCAUAUAAUUAGCAUGUUUAAAACAAACGGGUUUGGGUUUACUUGCUCUUUAAAUGGCAAUUGUUGACUGGCUGUUGUAGGAAAAAGUCGGGACUCCGAAUUCAAAUCA